UACUAAACGCGCUUAAGAAGCGGACGAACGCUCGCGUGCGUUUGACAAAAACAACAAAUACGGCGACUGAAAAGCCACAACAAAAACAACUACGUUCCGGGGUUAUUGUUAUUCGUACGUUUGUUUUCCACAAGCGACAGCAAAAAAGAAGAAAACGGUUUGUGAGAACCAAAAAGAACGGAGCAAAAGAAAGCCGACUUAAAAAUAAAAAUCGACGAGGAGCGAGAAGGCACAACACCAAAGGCGGAGGCCAGAAAAAGACAGAAAGAAACGGCGAAGACAGACUGAGUUUCAGGCGUGGAAGCAAGCCUGAAACAGGAUUGGGAGACACUAUGGUGAACCAUCAUUCGAAUGGAGGAGGCAGUGCCGGAAAUAGCAGUGGAAGCUUGAGAGCAGGCGGUGCCCAUGGAGGUGGUGGCGGAGGAGGAGGUGGAGACUACUCCGGAGAUGAUCGCAGUGGCGGUGGCGAGGAGCGGGAGCGGAUGGAAAGCGAUCUGCACGACAAGCCCACCUACCUGCUGGAGCACCUGGCCACCUUUACGGUGAACAAGGAGUCGGGCAUUGUGUAUCCCGCAGACGGAAUGCGACGACUCCUUCAGCUGGAGAAGACCACUGGGAUUUGGUCGCAGAAGAUGCAGCUCUGUCUGGACUACCAGUGGGUGCUCAUCAUGGACUACGAAACGGGGAACAUCAUCGAAAGAUUUCCAGCCUCCCUGGUCCAGGAGCCCACCGCCUUCACCUCCAACGACGCCAUGGAGCUGUACAACAACAUUCUGGUCUUUAUCGUGUCCGGAGGCGGUGGUUCCCGCUCCGAGAUGCACAUUUUCCAGUCACAAAGCGUGUCCGCUGUUCAUCUGGUUGAGGACCUUAAGCAGCUGAGAAGUGGCAAGAUGAUCACGCAGCAGCGCGGUGCCACGCCCACGCAUUCGGGAGGCGGGGCGUCCAGCAUGGCCAUGAUGAUGAGCAAGACCUCCUCGUCGUCGUCGCACAGUCGCGUGGAGUUGCACCAGCACAGGGAGCAGCGGAUGGAGCGCGAACGGGAAAGGGAGCGGGAUCGGGAUCGAGAUCGCGAGCGUGAGCGUGAGAGCCACCAUCACCAUCAAAUGCACCAAAGGAACAGCAGCGUGGAGCAGUACGGAAUGAGGGCCGGCGUGGUUGGAGUUUCUGGCGAGGAUGUAGCCCACAUCGGUGGCGAGACGGACUCGGAACAUGGUGGUAUAGGAGGAGGAUUAGGCGGAGGAGCGGAACGCGAUGAAACCAGCUCCACAUCCAGCGAGAAAUACGAACGCGAUGUGGCCGUACUAAAUCACUGUUUCGAUGACAUUGAGAAGUUCAUAGCGCGACUUCAACAUGCGGCUGCAGCUUCGCGGGAACUCGAGCGGCGUCGUCGCAAUCGCAAGUCCAAGAAAAGGGAUCCGGGCGAGGGUUUGCUCACCCUGAGAACCCGGCCGCCGCACGAGAAGGAAUUCGUGGACAUAUUCGCCAAAUUUAAGCUGUCGUUUAACCUUCUGGCCAAGCUGAAGGCGCACAUCCACGACCCGAAUGCCCCCGAGCUGGUGCACUUUCUGUUCACACCGCUGGCCCUGAUCGUGGAGGCCUCUAGUGACACCUACUAUGAGUCGCAGCUGCCGGCACGCGUGGUGAAUCCCCUGCUCACGAGGGAGGCCAUCAACCUGCUCAUCAACUGUGUGACCAGCAAGGAGACGGAGCUGUGGCGUUCGUUGGGCGAUGCCUGGGUCAUACCGCGCGAUCAGUGGAAGGACGAUGUGGGCUCCUAUCAUCCGGUCUUCCUCGAUGGCUGGUCACCCGAUUACCUGAUCAACGAUGAGCUGGAGCCGCCACCAAAUUCCCCGCCCGCUCAUGUCAGCAAGCGCCGACUGGAGGUUCAAGCGGGAUCUGGACUAAAUGGUCGUGGAGGUGGUGGAGGAGGAGGAGGAGGCGGCGGUGGGUACGAUGACUACGACUCGGGGAACGGGAUGAACAUGGCCAUGGGCAUUGAAAAGUAUACCAUCCACCAUGGCAAUGAUGUGAUGAGAGAAAGGGAACGCGAGAGAGAUCGAGCGGGAGCCAUCAGCGCCUCUGAAUUCAACACCCGCAGCGAGCUUUCCUUCGACUCGAUUGAGGGAAGGGGCGGAGCACAUGGUCAUGGCGGUCAUGGAGGACCAGGAGGACCGGGUCCCACCCUCAGCGCCAUCACAGCUGGUCUGCAGAAUCUGCAUACGCGGGAAUCUCGUUCCGGGGGCAAUGGAUACGGUGGCUCUGGUCCAGGACCCUCUUCUGAAUUGGGCGGCGGCGGCGGAGGAGGAAGGGGUGGUCCACCGAAUGUCAGCGACGAUCAGAUGCUCGAGUCCUGGCUGGAGGAUUUGCAGGCGGCGGGUGCCAAGAUUGUGCUGGUCACCUAUCCACGCACCGCCAACAACGACAAGGAGCUCAGCGUGAUGCGGGGAGAAUAUCUAGAGAUCCUUGACGACACCCGAAAGUGGUGGAAGGCGCGCAACAUGCGGGGACAGGUGGCCCAUGUGCCCCACACGAUCGUUACCCCUUUCAAUUUCGGCGAUGGCGAUGGAGCCCAGUUCUACGGGCAACAACAGCAGCCAGGACAGGCGGGUCCUCCAGGCUCGGGCAACAAACUGCGAUCCGGGGACAACGCAGUCAUGGAGCAAAGAUCACCGGAUCCCACCGACAUGAUGCGUAGCAAGCAUUUGGGCAAGAAGGGCGAGUUCCGCUACUUCUAGGAUCGAUCGAUAUACGAUUACCACAUACAUAUACACAUAUAAUCCGUAGUGAGAAUCCGUAGCAUUAGAGAGAGAGACCAGACAUCAGCAGUCCCGUCUAGGAAGCUAGUCCUGAUCCCCAACCGAUUGGAUUAGCUCCGAUGCUUUGCACUUGCUCGCAGGAGAGUGUGCAAACUAUAACUAACCUUAAGACUAACCUAAGUGGAGCUCCAGAUUGGAACUGUUGACUUGAAGCUGAUGCUGAUCAAGAUGAUGAUGAAAAAGGGAGGCGACGGCAAUAAUUUGUUUUAAUAAAAUUAUAUCCAAAGGA